GAUCGCAUUGCGGCUCCCGUUCCUCGGAGUUCUCGCCCUCAGUGCGCGCGGCCGUUGCCGGGGAGACCGCGCAUGUCUCACUGCGCGUUGCCCCCCCUCUGCAGUCCCCUCCCCCCCAUCUUCUCCCACCACAAUGAGAUCCUAAGAUGGCGCUGGCUGCGGCGGUUGGCGCCGAGUAGCUAAAGGAAAAAAGGGCGGCUGUCGGGCCCUUGGCAGUCAGGGUAUCUGUGGACUCUCCCUGCCGCCGUCUCUGAGGGAGGACCGCGGCGGCUAGCGGGGAGUUAACCGCCACUCCGCCCUUGGCUAAAGCGACCGCGUCGUUUACAGCAGGCAACAGUUUUGACGUGUGAAGCAGCAAAGGAGCAGCUGCAUUGCAGAAGCUUUAGUUUGAGAACAGAAAAUUGUUGAAGUCAGUAUGGCCACAGGAGGAGGUCCUUUUGAAGAAGGCAUGAAUGAUCAGGAUUUACCGAACUGGAGCAGUGAAAGUGUUGAUGAUCGACUCAACAAUAUGGAUUGGGGUAGCCAACAAAAGAAGGCAAAUAGGUCCUCAGAAAAGAAUAAGAAAAAGUUUGGUGUAGAAAGUGAUAAAAGGGUAACUAAUGAUAUAUCUCCGGAAUCAUCACCAGGAGUUGGAAGGCGAAGAACAAAGACUCCACAUACAUUUUCACAUAGUAGAUACAUGACUCAGAUGUCUGUUCCAGAACAGGCAGAAUUAGAGAAACUUAAACAGCGUAUAAACUUCAGUGAUUUAGAUCAGAGAAGCAUUGGAAGUGACUCUCAAGGUAGAGCUACAGCUGCUAACAACAAACGUCAGCUUAGUGAAAACCGAAAGCCCUUCAACUUUUUGCCUAUGCAGAUUAAUACUAAUAAAAGUAAAGAUGCUGCUACAAGCCCUCAAAAGAGAGAAGUUACUGGAUCUGCACAAUGUAAAGAGUUGUUUGCUUCUGCUUUAAGUAAUGACCUUUUACAGAACUGUCAAGUCUCUGAAGAAGAUGGGAGAGGAGAACCUGCAAUGGAAAGCAGCCAGAUUGUAAGCAGGCUUGUUCAGAUUCGUGAUUAUAUUGCUAAAGCUAGUUCUAUGCGGGAAGAUCUUGUAGAGAAAAAUGAAAGAUCUGCAAAUGUUGAGCGCCUUACUCAUCUAUUAGACCACCUUAAAGAACAAGAAAAGUCAUACAUGAAAUUUCUUCAAAAAAUCCUUGCUAGAGAAAAUGAGGAGGAGGAUGUUCGGACUGUAGAUUCAGCUGUGGGAUCUGGUUCUGUAGCUGAGAGCACAUCGCUAAACAUAGAUGUGCAGUCUGAGGCUUCAGAUACCACGGAGGCAUCUUUUAGUCUGAGAAUUCGGCCGUGCAUUGAGGACAAACUAGGGAAUUCAGCUUCACGAGAACAGGUUUCAGACAUUGACGUUACUACAAGUCCAAAAGGGAAAGGUGACAGAACUCCUCAGAAUGACAGGGAACUGAGGCCUGAUAGGAAAUAUAGCCGAAAACGUGGAUUUCCCUCAAAGGCAAGAAAUCCUCAGCAAGAGCCACUGGAAGAGAUAGAAAAUUUGAAGAAACAGCAUGAUUUGCUGAAAAGGAUGUUACAGCAGCAGGAACAGUUGAGAGCUCUUCAGGGACGACAAGCUGCCCUUCUUGCUCUGCAACAUAAAGCAGAGCAAGCUAUUGCUGUGAUGGAUGAUUCAGAAAAGGUUGCAGGGACAACUCCUGGCCAUCAUUCUGUACCGUGCAGACAGCCAGCUCGUUCUUCUUUUCAUCAGAGAGUACCCUCAAGAGUGGUAACAGAAACUACAGGUAGCCUAUCUGGAGUAAGUAUCACAACUGAACUAAAUGAGGAACUGAAUGAUUUAAUUCAGCGAUUUCAUAAUCAGCUUCGUGAUUCUCAGCCUCCAGCUGUUCCAGAUAAUAGAAGACAGGCAGAAAGUCUUUCCUUAACUAGGGAAGCGUCCCAGAGCAGGAAUCCACCUGUUUCAGAUCAUUUACCUGAUGAAAAAGUUCAUCUUUUUAGCAAGAUGAGAGUGUUACAGGAAAAGAAACAAAAAAUGGACAAACUACUUGGAGAACUGCAUACACUUCGAGAUCAGCAUUUGAACAAUUCAUCAUUUGUGCCUUCUACACUCUCUCCACAACGGAGUAUGGAUCAGAGAAGUACAACCUCAGCUCCCUCUUUUCCUCUAAGUUUAGCACCAGUUGUCAAUGGAGAAUCUACUAGCCUCUCAUCAUCUGUUCCUUAUCCUGCUGCUUCUCUAAUUUCUCAGAAUGAGAAUGAAAAUGAAGGCCAUCUAAAUCCAACUGAAAAGCUCCAGAAGUUAAAUGAAGUUCGAAAGAGAUUGAAUGAGCUAAGAGAAUUAGUUCAUUAUUAUGAACAAACAUCAGAUAUGAUGACAGAUGCUGUAAAUGAAAACACAAAAGAUGAAGAAACUGAAGAAUCGGAAUAUGAUUCUGAACAUGAAAAUUCUGAACCUGUUACUAACAUUCGAAAUCCACAAGUAACUGCCACCUGGAAUGAAGCAAACAGUAAUUCUAAUGCACAGUGUGUUUCUAAUAAUAGAGAUGGGAGAGCUGUUACUUCUAAUUGUGAAAUUAACAACAGAUCAGCUGCCAAUAUAAGGACUCUAAACUUGCCCCCUUUAGAUUGUCGAUAUAAUAGAGAAGGAGAACAGGGGGCUCAUGUUGCACAAGGUGAAGAUGAGGAAGAUGCAGAGGAAGAUGCAGAGGAAGAGAGGGUCAGCGGAGCUUCACUAUCUAGUCAUAGGAGCAGCCUGGUUGAUGAGGCUCCAGAAGAUGCUGAAUUUGAACAGAAAAUCAGUAGACUUAUGGCUGCAAAGCAUAAACUCAGACAGUUACAAGAUCUUGUUGCUAUGGUACAGGAUGAUGAUGCAGCAGAUCAAGGAGUUACCUCUGUCAAUACUUCAAAUUUGGAUGAUUUCUACCCAGUAGAAGAAAACACUAAACAAAAUACAAAUAACACUAGAGGAAGUGCCAACAAAACCCAGAAAGAUGCUGAUGUAAAUGAAAAGGCAAGAGAGAAGUUUUAUGAGGCUAAACUACAGCAACAACAGAGAGAACUCAAACAGCUUCAAGAGGAAAGAAAGAAAUUAAUAGAGAUUCAAGAGAAAAUUCAAGCAUUACAAAAGGCAUGUCCUGACCUACAGCUGACAGCUCCUAGUUCGGGUGAUUGUCCCCCCAAAAAAUAUAUGCCAACUGUUACUUCAACCCCAGCUGUUAAUGAAAAUGAAAGUAGUACAAGCAAAUUGGGUUUUGAGCCUGAAGAUUCUUCAGUAGUAGAUAAUGAGCUCUGGUCAGAAAUGCGAAGACAUGAAAUGUUAAGGGAAGAGCUGCGACAGAGAAGAAAACAGCUUGAAGCUCUAAUGGCUGAACAUCAGAGAAGGCAAGGUCAGGCCGAAAGGACAUCACCAUUGGCUACUUCAUUAAGAAGUGACGGAUCUGAAAAUGUUUGUACUCCUCAACAAAGCAGGACAGAAAAAACAAUGGCAACUUGGGGGGGAUCUACCCAGUGUGCACUAGAUGAAGAAGGAGAUGAAGAUGGCUACCUUUCUGAAGGAAUUGUUCGGACAGAUGAAGAGGAAGAAGAGCAAGAUGCCAGUUCCAAUGAUAACUUUUCUAUGUAUCCUAACAGCAUGAAUCAUAAUUCUUAUAAUGUAAAGGAAUCUAAAAAUAGGUGGAAGAACAAUCACCGUUUUCCAGCAGAUGGAAAUUAUCGUCCUUUAGCUAAGACAAGACAACAGAACAUAAGCAUGCAGCGUCAGGAAAACCUUCGUUGGGUGUCAGAACUCUCUUAUGUAGAAGAGAAGGAACAAUGGCAAGAGCAAAUUAAUCAGCUAAAGAAGCAACUUGAUUUCAGUGUUAGUAUUUGUCAGACUUUGAUGCAGGACCAACAGACUUUGUCUUGUCUGCUACAAACUCUUCUCACAGGUCCUUACAGUGUUAUGCCCAGUAAUGUUGCAUCUCCUCAAGUACACCUCAUAAUGCACCAGUUGAACCAGUGUUACACUCAGCUAACAUGGCAGCAGAAUAAUGUGCAAAGGUUGAGACAAAUGCUAAAUGAACUUAUGCACCAACAAAGUCAGCAUCCAGAAAACCCUAGAAGCAAAGAAAGAGGAAGCAGUACAUCACACCCUUCUUCUCCCAGCUUAUUUUGUCCUUUUAGCUUUCCAACGCAGCCUUUAAACCUUUUUAACCUGCCUGGGUUUACUAAUUUUUCAUCAUUUGCACCAGGCAUGAAUUUCAGCCCUUUAUUUCCUUCUAAUUUUGGAGAUUUCCCUCAAAAUAUUUCUACACCCACUGAAGCACAGCAGCCAUUGGCCCAGAAUGCUUCUGGGAAAACAGAAUAUAUGGCUUUUCCAAAACCCUUUGAAAGCAGUUCAUCUAUUGGAGCAGAAAAACAAAGGAGUCAAAAACACCCAGAAGAGGAGAUGGAAAAUAGUAGGACACCAUGGCUAUAUGACCAUGAAGGUGAAGUAGAAAAACCACUUAUCAAGACUGGGUUUGCAGUACCUGUAGAGAAACCUGCAAAUGGUAAUCGCAAAAAUCAAUUAGAUACAAAUAGGAGAAGACGCCAGUUUGAAGAAGAAUCAUUAGAAAGCUUUAGCAGUAUGCCUGAUCCUGUAGAUCCAACAACUGUAACUAAAACAUUCAAGACAAGAAAAGCAUCUGCGCAAGCCAGCCUGGCAUCUAAAGAUAAAACUCCCAAAUCAAAGAAUAAGAAGAGACACCCUACUCAAUUGAAAAGCCGAGUUAAAAACACUGGGUAUGAAAGUGCUAGUAUGUCUAGCACAUGUGAACCUUGCAAAAAUAGGAACAGACAUUCAGCCCAGACUGAAGAGCCUGUUCAAGCAAAAAUAUUCAGCAGAAAGAAUCAUGAACAGCUGGAAAAAAUAAUAAAAUGUAGUAGGUCUACAGAAAUAUCUUCAGCACAUGCUAGGAGAAUACUACAGCAGUCUAACAGAAAUGCAUGCACUGAAGCGCCAGAAACUGGGAGUGAUUUUUCCACGUUUGAAGCUUUGCGGGAUACUAUUUAUUCUGAAGUAGCUACAUUGAUUUCUCAAAAUGAAUCUCGUCCACAUUUUCUUAUUGAGCUCUUACAUGAACUUCAGCUACUUAAUACAGACUACUUGAGACAGAGGGCUUUAUAUGCAUUACAGGACAUAGUAUCCAGAAAUAUUUCAGAAAACCAUGAAAAGGAAGGGGGAAAUGUAAAGUCUGUGAAUUCUGGUACAUGGAUAGCAUCAAACUCAGAACUUACUCCCAGUGAAAGCCUUGCUACUACUGAUGAUGAGACUUUUGAGAAGAAUUUUGAGACACAUAAAAUAACAGAACAAGAUGAUGCUGAUAAUGCUAGUGUUAUAUCUGUGUCUUCAAAUUUUGAGCCAUUUGCAACAGAUGAUCUAGGUAACACUGUCAUUCAUCUAGAUCAAGCAUUAGCUAGGAUGAGGGAGUACGAGCGUAUGAAGACUGAGACUGAAAGUAGCGCAAAUAUAAGAUGCACCUGCAGGAUUAUUGAAGAUGAAGAUGGUGCUGCUGCCACAACUAUAGUUAAUAAUUUAGAAGAAACUCCUAUUGAAAAUCACAGUCCACAACAACCAAUAGGUGAAGUUUCUACUGUCCCAUGUCCUAGAAUUGAUACUCAACAGCUGGACCGUCAGAUAAAAGCAAUAAUGAAAGAAGUCAUUCCUUUUUUAAAGGAGCACAUGGAUGAAAUAUGCUCUUCUCAACUUCUAACUUCAGUAAGGCGGAUGGUUUUAAUGCUUACUCAGCAAAAUGAUGAGAGCAAAGAAUUUGUAAAGUUCUUUCAUAAACAGCUUGGAAGUAUAUUACAGGAUUCACUGGCAAAAUUUGCUGGCAGAAAACUGAAAGAUUGUGGAGAAGAUCUCCUUGUAGAAAUAUCGGAAGUGUUGUUUAAUGAAUUAGCAUUCUUUAAGCUCAUGCAAGAUUUGGAUAAUAAUAGUAUAACUGUUAAACAAAGAUGCAAAAGGAAAAUUGAAGCAGCUGGAGUGAUACAGUCUUAUGCCAAAGAGGCCAAAAGGAUUCUUGAAGGAGAUCAUGGCUCACCUGCUGGAGAAAUUGAUGAUGAAGAUAAAGACAAGGAUGAGACUGAAACAGUUAAGCAGACUCAAACAUCUGAGGUCUAUAAUGGUGAUGGUCCCAAAAAUAUGAGAUCUGAUGUUUCUGACCAAGAAGAAGAUGAAGAAAGUGAAAAAUGCCCAGUGUCUAUCAAUUUGUCCAAAGCUGAAACUCAGGCUUUGACUAAUUAUGGAAGUGGAGAAGAUGAGAAUGAAGAUGAAGAAAUAGAAGAAUUUGAAGAGGGACCUGUGGAUGUCCAGACUUCACUUCAGGCUAACACUGAAACUACAGAAGAAAAUGAACAAGAUGAUCAGGUAUUACCCCAUAACUUUGACAAAUCAACAGAAAACAAAACUGUUCCAUCAGAAAAAGAACCUAUUAUUAGUAAAGAUGGCCAAGAGAGUGUUCCUGUAAAACCCUGUUACCUCAAUAUCUUGGAAAAUGAGCAACCACCAAGCAGCAAUGUCCAAAAGGAUUCACUAAAUACCACUGAUUCAUCUAAACAGCCUAACCCAUUGCCAUUACCUUUAGCUGAAAUUGAAACCUUAGUGCCUAGAGUCAAAGAAGCUAAAUCUGCUCAGGAAACGCCUGAAAGUUCUCUGGCUGGAAGUCCUGAUACUGAAUCUCCAGUGUUAGUGAAUGACUAUGAAGCAGAAUCUGGUAACAUAAGUCAAAAAUCUGAUGAAGAAGACUUUGUAAAAGUUGAAGAUUUGCCACUUAAAUUGACAAUAUAUUCUGAGGCAGAUCUAAGGAAGAAAAUGGUAGAAGAACAACAGAAAAAUCAUUUAUCUGGUGAAAUAUGUGAAAUGCAAACUAAAGAACUAGCUGGGAAUUCUGAAACACUAAAAGAACCUGAAACAGUGUGAACCCAGAGUAUAUGAGAUGUCUUCAGAGAUGCAUCCAACUCUCUUCAGUCAUUGCUUAUAUGAAAGUGGCACUAAAUAAACAUCUGUUUUGAUCUGUAUGUAAAUGUAAAUUAGUUUGACACUGCAUUUUUGAUAGGUGUGUUAAUUUCUGCCCAUGGCAGGUUAAAACAUCAGAUACUGAAUUCUGAACAGAUUCAAAUCCUGAUAUUUGCUAGGGGGACUGGGGUGGAAAUUGUUUGGGGGGGGUUUGUUUUUUCUUCUUCUUCUUAAGUCUUGAUUUUUUUUUUCCUCCAUUGUGAUGUUUGGUAACAUUAAAUUUAAAAUGUAGUUAUAAAUAAAGUUUGAACUUACUUGUAAAAUACUUUUUUGGAAAUUAUGUUGAAUUCUAUAUAACAAGUCACUAUUCUGUAUAUAAGUAGGCUAUUCAAAGAAGAGCAGAACAGCAGUGGCUAAGUUAGAGAAAUGUUCUAUUUAAUUUAAAGUCAAGUCAUUAGGCCAGAUUUCAAUAUAAUUUCAGUGCUACUAUUCCUAUGGGAUCUAAUAUUAUUUUAGAUAUUUGCAUAUCUUAAUCCUUUGUAAGAAUAGGACUGCUUAUCUUUGAAGUCAGUGCAGAAAAUAUACUAGUAUGCUGUUCAAAUUGGGUAAUAAAAGUGGGACACCUGUUCUAUUAUCAACAAUUUACAUAAUUAUAAUUUAUUAGAUAAUUUGUUAUAUAAUUUUAUUUCUACCUGUUGGUCUGCCAUAUUCUAAAAAUAAGUUUUACAUAAUUAGGGAGUAUUACUGCACAAAGUAACAUUGUGAUAAUUUUAAAUGAAAAAGCAAACUCUGUGAAGUAGUGAUUAAUGGGACUAGUUUUGUGUACCAGAAUAUUAAGGUUCUCAAUGCUCUCAGGCAAAUUUUCCUUUUGAAAUGUAGUUCCAAGUCCAAAGCAUGGCAGUUCUUUUCUCUGUGUAGUGAGAGAGGAGCAGUUUACAGAAAAAUACUAAUAACAAAUAGCUUUAGAUCCCAAACUUGCCAUUUGCCAGUAAGGCUUCACAGAUUCAUCUAACAAGUCCACAUUACAGCUUCUUCCUUGAACAAACUAUAAAGAAUUAGUUUCAAAAAGUCUUUCAAAUUUUAGUAAUUGAUUGAAAUAUCCCAUAAGUAAAGAAUUUGGUGUGGUGUUCCUUUAAAAUUUUUACUUGCCUAAUAAUACUUCGAUAUAAAUUCAUGAUGUCCAACUGGGGAGUAUUAAGUGAGGGCUUCUAAGGAGGACAUGUACUGUUUUACUGCUUAAUUUAAAUUAUGGUAAGACAUUUAUCUCCAAUCUCCAAUUUUAAUAAAACCUACCAGGUAAUAAAUAACGUUCCAGGAUCAGGAAUUCAUGUCUUGUAAGCCUGACUUUAGGGAAACAAACAAGAAGUGAAACUGUAUGAAUAUUCAACUUCUAUUUUUUAUUUUUUAGACUAAGCAGGAAGCGGGGGGGAGACACUUCAUUUUGGUAUUCAAGCCAAGCCUUACAUAUUACAUCUGUCUCUCUCAGUGCAUGCAGUUGAUACAGUAGCAAAAUUCUACAUAUAUUUUAGUUAUUACUGUAGGUCCUAUGAACCUUAUCAAACUUGCUUUAUUUGACAUACAUUACAGCUGCUAGUCUAGUCUCUUUUCUAUUUUAAGAGACAUUUAAGCUUCAAAAUACCCAGGACUUAAAAGCAAAUAACUUAUUUAAUAUGUUUUCUCUACUAACUAUUGCUAAAGAACUAAGCAUUAAACAUUCCUGUCUCCAAUUUCAUGUUAAAGUUUUGGUUGAAGAGAAAGUCAAAUUAAUGAGAGCAAAUCAUACGCAGAUUAAGAUUAUGCCUAAGUGAGCUAGCUAGACUACUCUUUGUAUUUUGUAACAUUCACUUGGUAAAUGCUUUUUCAUUGUUAAUAAAUGUAUAUGCUACAUACAA